AUGUACAAGUCAACUCUCCUUGCGUCGCUGCUCACAGCAGUCUCAGCUCAUCAGAACCUGCACCAGUUCUGGGUUAACGGUGUUUCUCCCGGUUACGAGAUCGGCAUCCGUCGCGCGCCUAGCAACAGCCCUGUGGUUGAUGUGAAGAGCAACGAUAUCGUGUGCAACGUCGGAGGCGACAAAGUGCCCUCGGGAGUGCAGACGAUCGCGGCGCGCGAGGGCGACGAUAUCACCGUCGCCUGGGACACGUCGAGCCAUCCCGGACCGAUCACGCACUUCCUGUUCGGCCCCGUCGACAGCGCCGCGAGCGCGUCUGGCGUUGGCGCUGGCUGGUUUAAGAUCGACGAGAGGAGCUACGUGGAUGGCCGCUGGGCCAACGAGGUCAUCCAGAGCAACGGCGGCAAUUACACAUUCAGCCUGCCGUCCUCGCUGAAGAGCGGCGAGUAUCUGCUUCGCUCCGAGAUGCUCGCGCUCCACGGCGCGCAGGACCUCGGCGGCGGCCAGUUCUACAUCGGCUGCGCCCAGCUCAAGAUCACGGGCAGCGGCGGCAACUGCUCGCCCACCAUCUCGCUGCCCGGCGCGUACAAGGCCGAGGAUUCCAACAUCUACAUCCCCAACUUCUACUAUGGCUUCGAGCCUACGAAGUACACGGCGCCCGGCGGCACCGUUGCCACCUGCAGUCGAUAA